GGGCCUCGCUCCCCGCCCGGUGACACAAAGCGGAUCCAAGAUGGCGGAGGCGGGCGCGGGGAGCCUGCACGGGGGGGACACGGCGGCGGCGCCGGGCCCGGCCGAGGAGCAGGAGCUGAGCCGGCGCCUCCGCCGCCUGUACCCCGCCGUCAACCAGGACGAGACGCCGCUGCCGCGCUCCUGGAGCCCCAAGGACAAGUACAACUACAUCGGCCUCUCGCAGGGCAACCUCCGCGUCCACUACAAAGGUCAUGGUAAAAACCACAAAGAUGCUGCCUCAGUCAGGGCUACGCAUCCCAUACCCGCAGCUUGUGGCAUUUAUUACUUUGAGGUGAAGAUCGUCAGCAAAGGUAGAGAUGGGUAUAUGGGAAUAGGACUUUCUGCUCAAGGGGUCAACAUGAACAGGCUUCCUGGAUGGGAUAAACAUUCUUAUGGGUACCAUGGUGACGAUGGGCACUCCUUCUGUUCCUCGGGCACAGGACAGCCCUAUGGCCCUACGUUCACAACUGGAGAUGUGAUUGGUUGCUGUGUCAACCUGAUCAACAAUACCUGCUUCUACACAAAAAAUGGCCACAGUUUAGGUAUAGCCUUUACAGACCUCCCUUCAAAUCUCUACCCUACAGUGGGUCUCCAGACUCCAGGAGAGAUAGUGGAUGCCAACUUUGGGCAGCAGCCCUUCGUGUUCGACAUCGAGGACUACAUGAGGGAGUGGCGAGCGAAGAUUCAGAGCACCAUUAAGCGGUUUCCCAUAGGAGACAGACUAGGCGAGUGGCAAGCCAUGCUGCAGAAUAUGGUUUCUUCGUAUUUGGUUCAUCAUGGGUACUGUUCAACAGCAACUGCCUUUGCCAGAGUCACAGACACCACAAUCCAGGAAGAACAGACCUCAAUAAAGAACAGACAAAGAAUACAGAAGCUAGUAUUAGCAGGCAGAGUGGGAGAGGCUAUAGAAGCCACCCAGCAGCUCUAUCCUGGCCUCCUAGAACAUAACCCCAACCUGCUCUUCAUGUUAAAGUGUCGGCAGUUUGUGGAGAUGGUGAACGGGACAGACAGCGAAGUACGUUGUUUCAGUGCACGCAGCCCCAGAUCCCAGGACAGUUAUCCAGGGUCCCCCAGCUUAAGUCCUAGACAUGGAUCAAACAACUCACAUGUUCAUAGUACCGGAGCAGAUAGUCCAACCUGUAGCAAUGGAGUCAUGUCCACAAAGAGCAAACAGAGCCACAGUAAAUACCCAACACUGAGUUCGUCAUCUUCAUCUUCUUCCUCCUCCUCCCCCUCGUCUGUGAACUACUCUGAGUCCAAUUCUACAGAUUCUACCAAAUCUCAGCAGCACAGUAGUACAAGUAACCAAGAAACCAGUGACAGCGAGAUGGAAAUGGAGGCUGAGCACUACCCCAAUGGAGUCCUGGAAAAUUCAUCCACCAGGAUAAUGAAUGGCACCUACAAACAUGAAGAGAUCCUGCAGACAGAUGAAUCCAGCAUGGAAGACAGCUGCUCCCAGAGGCAGCUCUGUGGAGGGAACCAUGCUGCUACGGAGCGAAUGAUCCAGUUUGGGCGGGAGCUGCAGAUGCUGAGCGAGCAGCUUUGCAGAGAAUAUGGGAAGAACACAAUGCACAAAAAGAUGCUUCAGGACGCAUUUAGCUUGUUAGCUUACUCAGACCCUUGGAACUGCCCUGUUGGUCAACAGCUGGACCCAAUCCAGAGGGAACCUGUUUGUGCUGCUCUUAAUAGUGCUAUAUUGGAAUCUCAGAACCUGCCAAAGCAGCCCCCACUGAUGCUUGCCCUGGGUCAGGCCUCGGAGUGUUUGCGGCUCAUGGCUCGCGUGGGCUUGGGCUCCUGUUCCUUUGCCAGAGUAGACGACUAUUUGCACUAGCCACCAGAGCAAGAUGGAGCUGACAUCGUUGAGUGCUGCCCUUCACCCUCCGUUGCUGCCACUACAGCACCACCUCGUCUAUAGCCUGACGUCCCUGCCACCAACACCCCCUCUAGCACACACACACUGCCUGUGAAAGGAUUGAGUUAGUCCCUCACGACGUGGCCAUUCCUGACCCCAGGAGUGACUGGCAGAUCUUACUUGUCUCCCUGCCACGGCUGCGGCUCCGGCGGCGCUCAGUAUUUUGCUGGUUAUUCUCAUGUAGCGCCUUCCAAUGUAGGGAUUUCUCUAUAUUUUGAUUUGAUUGUUUCUCAUGGAUCCACCAGUAUUUUAUCUGGAGAGUUUUGCUGAGCUGGUUUCUGCUGAUUUACUGAGGAAGCUCAUGAAGUUGGUGACAGCUUGUUCUUUUCUUCCCUCCUCCCUCCAUCUGUGCACAUGCAGCAUCAUCUUCUGUGCUAGUUACCUGAACUCUUCUCACAGUGGCAGUUCAGAGGGAUUUUUCUUUUUUAAUUUUAUUUGAAUCCUGUUUAUUAAAAAGGUCUCUUCCACCUCCACAAA